UCAGCCGGGCAUCGCAUCGUGCCCGCUGCCCUCGCACCACUCCCUGCCCAGGGGGCCGCCAGCCCCCGGCAGCUCAACCCCCGGCACUUCCUCUCGCCCUGCCGCUCACUGUGUCUUUAUCGGCCAAGCCCUGGCGCGGCUUUCCUCCCUCCGUGGGGGCGGCGGGCUUCAUCCCCUCGGAGCGCUUAUCCGUGGCUUCCCCCGCCGCGCUGGGAGCCGGGUGCGGAGCGGCCCCGGGGCCCUUCCCGCGCGGCCCGGGCGUGACGCAGCGCGGGCGGGGCCGGCGGUAACGGAGGUACCGGAGUUCUAGAUGGCGUUGUCAGACUCGGUCACUACUUGUCUUUCUCAACCUGUGCAUUAUGCAAUUUGCAAACUUGGAUUUGAGAAGAAAGACACAUAUGAUAUUAACAAUAUUUUAUCUGGAAAUGGUGAAGUGUGUUGGCAAGCUGUUACAGAGCAUGUGUGUUACCUUGAAUCAGAUCAAAGUGUGGAUUAUAUCAAAAGCAUACGAUCAUUAGGACCUGUAUGUGAGUCUGUAAAUGUGCACUUCAAAUCUCUGACCAAGGAGCAAUUCAUAAUUCAGUAUGCAUCGUGGUUGCACUGGACAAACUGCACAGAGGUAUUUCUUGAAGUGUUUGAUGUUUUACAAUAUACACAAACUACAGAAGUUGCUCUUGGCUUAAUGAAACUAACAUCAUGCUUGGAGCGAGCCUUGGGUGAUGUAUAUUUACUUAAGGGUAACGAUUGCCCUUUCCUUCUAAGAGACUUGCUUGCAUCUAAGCAGCUAGCAGUUAUCUUUGGACAAGCUGUAAUGAAUGUACUGAGGAUAUUCAUUGGCUCUCCAUAUGGUCUGAAUCUUCGUAAUGUUUUGUGGCAUGGAUUUGCAUCCCCACAAGAAAUUCCUGCCAAAUAUUGUGCUAUGCUGCUUUUUUUAACUGCAGGGUUGGGUCAGUUGUUGCAGACUUAUCUUCUGCAAAAUAAAUGCAUUUUACUACAUCGACCUUAUGUGAUCUUCGUUAGCUUAGAGGAGCUUGAUGUAUUUCCAGAUCUCAAUAAUGAAACACUUUCCAUAGCUGAAGAGCUUGUAAAACUGUCCAGUUUUGUAUUAAAAACAAUGUUACCAUUUUGGAUCGCUGCUUUAACAGCUUUCAAGCAAAGCAGGUAUGCUGACAGUGUGAUUCUCUUACUUCCUCAGCUGGAAGUUGGACUUAGAUUGCUCUUCACUACAACUAAUAAAUGUCCAAAUCGUUUGCUAACAGCUGAGUCUUCUGCUUUCUACACCACUUUCGAUGAGAUGCUAGCAAAGCAUUUGGAUAACAAUGAAGUCAACCAGCUACCUGUAGUUCUUGAAGAGCCUGCCAUGGAAUUUCUUUGGGAUUUCUUGAACCACCAGGAGGGUCCACGUGUAAGAGAUCGUUUAAGCCAUGGAGAAAUCAAUCUGGAAGCAUUUCCCAGAGAAGUAGCUAAUCAGAUAGUUGCAUUUGCAAUUACUCUUCUCUGCAGAUUCUCAGAUGAGAAUAUGUUUUCUCUUAAGGAACACACGGUCAUAAAACCACUGAUGAACUGUGCAAGUUGCUACCAAUCUCGAUUUCAUCCAAUUUCCCGUCUCAAGAAACAGGUGCUGGAAUGUAUGAAGAGCAUUCACUUAUGGUCCGGAUUGCCAACAGUGUCUGAGGAACAAGUUCAAACAAUUAAAGGUUUGGAAGAAAACGCUGAAGCUAGUACUUUAAUUUUGAUGAUAUCUGAAAUUACAUCUCAGUUGGUGCAAUAUAUGCCCCAGAACUGCUGUAGUUCAGAUGAUCCAAUCAAUAGUGUCCUAACAGAGAGGCUGUUGACUGAACUUUGCGAUACACGUGUUUGCACGCUUUAUUCUCCUCGACCGGUUCUGGAAAUAGUGGUGAUACUCCGCAAAAUAAGCACGCAGUGCCAUCAAGUGUCCGAACAAGUUAUUGCCGGCGCUGAGGUGAGAUACACACAGUGGGUGAACAAGACUCUGCGUUCUCGUCAGAGGCAUAACUAUCUACGGAUGUUGAACAGCAUUAAAUUUUUGUCUCCAGUGUUGAGACUCAUCUUAAUAUUGAUUACUGUGGAAGUGGUCAGUGUUCAUGCCGUUUGUAAGAAGAAUCCUUUUGAUUAUCAGCAGUAUCUAAAGUUUUUGAAGUUAAUCUUGCAGUAUACUGAAAACUUGGUGACAUACACAAGCCCUGAGAAAAACAAGUGGGAUGAAACCAUGGAACUUACAAACAAGGCUUUGAUAAAAAUAAGAAAAAUCAGUGACAGAAAGCUAAUGUUAAUGCAUCUGGCUGCAUGAAUUAAAUGGGCUUAAGAUUGUUUGGACAUUGUAAUAUCUAAAGAGUUCUGGAGUCCUCGUGUUUGUCAAGUCUAAUUCAAAGACAGACUUCAUCAGACAUUGUCAAAAUUUGGAUGCAAAAUAUAGUCUUUUUAUUAGAAGGUAGCUGUUGAGACUGGAGAUGAAUGAUCAAGCUUUCAUAGGAUGAAUUGUUUACUGAAUGCACCGAAAAAGAUUUACUGUGAACUAAAUCAGGAUAAUGCAAGUUCUACUGUAAAUAUGUUUUGUGUUUUGUACAUUGGGGCUUCUUUUGUAGUUUUCUAUUGUAUUGAAAAAUAGCUAAGUAAAGAGUGUGAAUAAAAGAUCUGAGAUUUUUAAAUUCAAAAAGUAAUUUUUUUACUUUGCAAUACACUGGAAUUUAUGUCAGAUGCUGUGUUCAACAGGUUAGGAAACGAUGAGCAUAGAAUAGCGCUCGUUGGCACCUGUGGUUGUUGGUAUUAGUUCUAAACAGUGUCAGAUCUUGCAUUGAGGUAGAGCUGAUAACACAAUAACCAGUUGUUGAUAUACCGUAAUUUAAAGGAUACAAGAUGGAAUAACUUUAGCACAACAUGUGUUUAUUUUGUUUAAUUUUACCUACUCAUUCCCAAUACAUAUUUAGUCAGUGGAUGAACACUCAUGUGCACAUGCUCACAGACACAUAUUCAUUGUGGUUCAGAAAGUUAUCCUCUUGUUGCACAGAACAUUAAUUUGAAUAAUUUGGGUUUUUUAAAUAAAUUCUCCCCCUUUUUCAUCACCAAAGAAUAGAAUUUCAAAGAACAGAUUCACAGAAGACCACCAGUGUCUAUCCAUUUGCUUUCUCCUAUGGAAAGUAAAACCAGGGGGUACUGUCUGGAGAAUAUUUGUCCCUACAAAGGAUUAGAGAUUCAAGUUACAUUUUAAUAAGCUUCUUUGCAAUGUUUCUUGACUGGAAAUCACAGUGAGAGUUUGGUUUAUUUGUUGUGGGGGAUUGAUAUACGCUGUGAUCAUGUUGCUUUCUUUAUGUUACUCUUGAAAUAUAUCGUGUGUGUUUGAAAUUUA